AUGUUACAGGUUGGGCUGGGCCUCCCUGGCUCCCUGAGGGGUGCUGCAGAAGAUAUCCCUUUGGAUCAGCUGGGAAAGAGGAGCAGGUCCUACUCGGCCCUGAUGAGCUCAGGUGGAGGUGAUAUGGAAGACACACAAGGGCCAGCUGAUUCUCCUCAAGUCCCAGUGCUGAUCAUCUCUGAGGCUGAGAGUUGGGACAUCGAUGCAUCCUCUUGCGUGGGCUGUGGACAGUUUGUGGAUUGGGAUAAGAUGCCCGAGUUGGAUCAGCAACCAAGCGCUCAGAGUCAGAGUCUCACCCAGACCAGCAAAGAGCUGAAAAAGCUGGCAAGAGAAGGCCAUUGGGCUACCAACCAUGCACUCAGAGCUCGGACUUACCAGCAGAUCAUCCAGCACAUCCCAUGCCGGCUUGUGACCCCCGAUGCUCUGGUUUACAGGGAUGUCGCAAGCAGGCUGUUUGGAAAGCAGAGUGUGAGCUCCCACCCCUUGCCUGAAUUCCUUGGAGGGUGCAGGAUGCCCACUUAUUGCCUGACUAUGCAAGGUGUAACUGCUGUGAAGAAAAUACUCAUCUGCCUUGGCAACCUCUUCCCCGACAUCACCUACAGCCCAGUCCUCCCCGCUGUCGUGGCUCUGCUGCUGCAUUACAGUGAAGAUGAAGCUCAGUGCUUUGAGAAUGUCUCCCGCCUCAUUGCUUGUAAUGACUCCCAUACCAGCUACAUAGACCAGUCCUUCCUGGCCCACCAGGCCUCCUGUAUGACUUUUGGGGAUCUGGCCAACAAGCACUGCCCAGCAGCCCACAGAUUAAUAGCCAGCACCUCUGAGAAUGUCUUUGAGGUCUAUUCUGAAUGGUUGGGGUGGAUCUUUGGUGACCUUCCAUUUGAUUACACUAUCCGUGUACUUGAUGUGUACCUGCUGGAGGGACAGAAAGUCCUCUACCGGAUCGCUCUGGCCUUGCUGAGGCAAUACAGGCUCUCGGUGACCUCUGGAGAACUGGAAGUGGCCAAUGUCAAGGGAGAUGUGAAGGCUUUUGUGCAGAACAUUAGGGAGCACAUGACAGUUGACAAGCUCCUGGAGAGAGCCUUUGGUAUUCGGCUGUUCUCCCGCAAGGAAAUCUGGCUUCUUCAGAUGGCCAACAGGAAAGCACUGGUGGAGAAAGGUGUAACUGUGGUGCAGCGCAGGCAGCUGUUCCACCUGGCAGUAGACAUGCUGAAUUUCAGCUCUGCCAUUGUAACUGCUCAGGAGAUGCGCAUCAUGUGGUCCUGGAUUCCUGAGCGAUUCUCCUUAUUCCCACCUGUCCUGUUAUUCUCCACCUCAGAAAACGGAUACAGCCUGCAAAGGUUUUACUCAUGCUGCGAAGGUUACGAACCAACAAUACUGCUCAUAAAAACGACUCAAGGGGAAGUGUGUGGUGCGUUCCUCUCUUCUGACUGGAAUGAAAGAAAAAGGAGUGGGGGAGCGUCCAGCUUCUUUGGAACAGGGGAAUGCUUUGUUUUCAGCGUAUGCCCUGAAAUGGAGAGAUACGAGUGGGUGUUCAUCAAGAAACCAGAGCUGACCAAAGCAGUGCCACGCUCCUCACACCAGUGCCUUCCUUCUUCCGCCUCUCCUGUCCUUAGCACAUCUCCUCCCGGUGGCCACAUAGCCAGUUCAAACCAUCUGACUGUGCCCGUGUUGCAGAGGGCGAAAGGUCGCCUCUCCCCAUACCUGGCAAUCAGACACUUCCUCCUGCCUUCGAAAACAGCCUCCAUGUUCAUGUCUGGGACUCGGGAAGGAAUCAUUAUUGGUGGUGGUGGAGGCCAAGCUCUGUACAUUGAUGCUGACCUCUACUAUGGGAGAACGGAGCACUGCGAGACAUUUGACAACCCUCCUCUCUGUCAAGGGAACUUCCAGGUGCAGCUCUUGGAAGCCUGGGGCUUUCAAAAUGCCUAAUCACCGUGAAAUUGCCAUUCCUUGCACCAUAUUAAGGAAUGAGAGAUUCCUCUCCACUACACAGGAUACCAUGGCUGGUGAUGAGCCAGUUGCCAUCAGAUGACACACAGAUGCAUGACUCUAAUGGAGGAAGUCCAUGCAUGGGUUUCUCUUGCAGCUCUGAACCUCACUGCUGUUAGCCAUUCUCCAUACCUUCCCUCUCUGUCAUACUGUACUGUGAUGGCCAUGGAUGAGGAAAACAAAGUGCCACAGGGCAGCGUUAUA